ACAUCACUCGCUCAUCAUUACCACAAUCAUGAAUUGCCUUCCUCACGAAGCCAUUAUACAUAACUACUACCAGGACGCCAUCCCGAAGAGUACCGGCGACGAAUGGAUCUUCCGUCCUGAAGUCCCUGACGCACAGGAGAUAAGCCGCCCCCUCAUCAGCGACGANCCCUGCGUCCCAGAGAACCAAAUUGAGGGCAACUGGUCAUCUAGAGAGGAGCAUUUAGCUGCGCAGUACAACUUCCUGCGCGAAGAAUCCACCUUCGCUCUGCGCCGCGCCAUUGGCCUAGUCCGCGAACAACCUCACCUGUCAGAGCUAGACCACAGAGUAGAGUCGCCUGGCGUCGGAAUCUACGANAAAGGUAAGUGCAAUCCACUCUUUCUGUUCCUAAAUGACCAACAAAACCAGGCAUUCGUCACGGGCAUCACUUUGUGCAAUCGUGGACUAGGAGUUAGAAUGUGCUUCUCGACCUUCCGCGCUGGUGUCAGAAUCGAUUGGAACACGUCAAAGCGGCUCAAAUCUGGUUCUCUCCUUGCUCUAUCGCCCAUUUCGGAUAAGUUCCAGAAGCAAAUUACCAUCGCUGUUGUUGGCGCUAGACCUAUGGAGCUUCUAAACGAGAUGCUAACUCUAAGAAGGNNCCCUCCCAAGAUUGAUGUCUUCUUCCCACGCCCCGAGGAAACCAUUCUUGACCCGGCUGUGGAAUACAUCAUUCUCGAGGAAACAUCCUCCUUCUUCGAGGCACAGCGUCACAACAUGCUUUCCCUACAGCGCAUGACCAAGGAGAACACNCCUCUUCAGGAGUACAUCGUCUCGCCGGUUGGUGAAGAUACCAGCCCACCAAUUGACCUCAUCGAUCUCUCGAACCAAGUGGAGUGCCUUUCUCUCCUUGAUCAACAGGCUGGAGAACACUCUGUUAACGUCCCCAACUACGUCAAGGAGGACUCCGUCAUGGACCUCAGUUUCGCCACAGACGAGGCCUCUGACUACCAAUGGGACGUUGUCAACUGUCCUAUGCCCAAGGAUGCCGCCAUGCUUGACGAAUCGCAGAUGAACGCUCUCCACCAGAUGCUGACCAAGGAACUUGCUCUGAUCCAGGGUCCUCCUGGUACCGGAAAGACACACGUCUCGGUCAUGGCUCUUCGGGUCAUGCUGCGCAAGAUGGAAGAUCAGAGGAAUAACGCUGGACCUGGCGUGGUAAUUCCUCCGCUCAUCGUUACCUGCCAAACCAACCACGCACUUGACCAGUUGCUCCGUCACAUCGCUGAAUUUGAGGAUUCCUUCAUCCGUCUCGGUGGUCGGUCAGCCGAUACGGGUGUCGUCAAGCGACACACGCUGUUCAACAUCAUGGAGGAACUCAAGGAGAGCAACCCACGCGCGCUCAAAGAGCCAGCUGGUCUUCGAUCCUCGAGAACCGACAUGAAACUCAUGGAAAAGGACUGGAAGCGAGUACUGGCACCAUUCGAUGCGAGCAGCCAAGCCUGCAAACCAAUGGACGAGGACAUGUUCAGAGAUCGCCUAACUCCUCAGCACAUUGAUUCUCUCAAGAACUCAAGAUGGACCACAAGUUCUGAUGCCCCUGAGAUUCCUGCAAUCAUCAAAUGGCUCGGUCCAGAUGCAUCCUUGGCAUCCAGCGACAGCAAUUGGCCUGCUGAGCAAGAAUUUGGCUUUGAAGAGUUCGAGGAAGAGGAGGAAGAGAUUGAUGAAGCCACUGCCGAAAAGGCCAAGCAGGACGAUGAGAUUGAAAAGCUUCGAGGAUCGUUCAUUCCUCUUCUCGAUUGCAGCGUCUUGAAAGCCACUUCCAUCAAACAUCUUUCAGGGAAGGACGUCAAGAAGAUCUUGACCGCCAGCAAGUUUACUGAUCUCAACAAGGUGCCCCCUCAAUACCGACUCGGCCUUUAUGAAUUCUUCGUCAAGGAAGCCAAGCAGAAGAUCAUCAAGGAUGCCCGAGAGUUGGCUUGUAGAUGGGCCAAGCGAGUUGAAGACUGGACCCGCGGCCAAUUCAUCAAGAAGCUACAAGUCCUUGCAGAUGCCAAAGUCAUUGGCUGCACCAGCACCGGUUUUGCCAAAUACCGCCCCAUGAUCUAUGCACUCAAGCCUCGUAUUGUCAUGGUUGAAGAAGCUGGCGAGUGUCUGGAAGCCAACAUGAUGAGCAUGUUCUUGCCAUCUCUCCAACAUAUGGUUCUCGUUGGAGAUCAUCAACAGCUCCGUCCUCGUGCUCAGAAGGCUACUCAUAACUUCAAGCAUUACGACAUCUCUUUGUUUGAACGCCUCGCAAACAACACCGUUGACUACAAGAUGCUCGCUGUGCAGAGACGUAUGCCUCCUGAAGUCAGACGUCUUCUCUGGCCCAUCUACGGAGACAAAAUCAAGGACCACGAAUGUACCCUCGACCGUCCUCCCGUGCCUGGAUUUGGCGAUUUCAAAACCUACUUCUUUCAUCACGAACACCACGAAGAACACGACAAGUUCAAGUCCGCUUACAACGAGCAUGAGGCCAAGCUAGUGGUGGGCUUUGUCAAUGGCCUCAUUAGUAAAGGCAUUGAGUCGCGCAAAAUCACUGUCCUGACCUUCUACAAUGGUCAGCGUCGUCUUCUCACUCGCGGACUGAAGAAAGUCGAGGGUUGUGCGGUCGCGGAGACCCGUAUCAAGGUUGUCACUGUUGAUUCCUACCAAGGCGAGGAAAACGACAUCGUCGUCCUGUCUCUUGUCCGUAACAACUGCAUCAAGCAAGUUGGAUUCUUGAGCGUCGCCAACCGUGUCUGCGUUGCUCUCUCUCGUGCUAGACAGGGGUUCUUCAUGUUUGGCAAUGUCGAGCUGAUGGAGGAAGCAGGUGGUGAGGAGUGGAAGCAGGUUGUUGCUAUUCUGAGAAAUCAAGGCCCGGUUGAGACUCAGAUUGCUGGUACCACCAGAGUCAUCAACGCCGUC